AUGGAAAAUCCCACAAUUCUCUCAACCAACAUCAAUGGCAGAGCUAGCAGCGCCUCUAAUUCACCGGAAUUCGAAUUCUGGAUGAUCAGAAACCCAUCUUCCCAGCAAACCACCCUUCAUUCAGCCGACGAAUUGUUCUCCGGCGGCGUCCUCCUCCCCCUCCAACAUCUCAACACCCAAAACUCCGACGACCCACCUGAUAAAGAUAUCACCACAGAAUCUAUAUCCACAUCUAACCCGGAUCCGGAUUCCAUUAACGGAUCCGACCUGAGAACGAAGGAUUCCGUUUCUGCAUCUAAACGGUGGAAAGACAUUUUCAAAAAAAGCCCAGAAAGUAAAGAGAAAGAUAAGAAGAAAAAGAAAGAGAGAAACGGUGGUGGUUCUAGCGGCGGCGGUGGUGCGACGAGCUCGGCGGAGCUGAAUAUAAAUUUAUGGCCCUUUUCGAGGAGUAGAUCGGCUGGGAACGGUGGAAGUAGGCCGCGAACGGUGGUCGGAAACCGGAAAGUGAGUAGUGCGCCGUGCUCUAGGAGUAACUCGACCGGCGAAUCCAAGUAUAGGAAAUGGCCGAGUAGUCCGAACCGGGGUGGGGUUCAUUUGGGCCGGAGUAGUCCGGUUUGGCAAGUCAAACGGUUUGGUCAAAGUAAAAGUCUGCAUGACCACUUGGUUCGGACCACCGCCGAGAAAAGUUCCCGGCCGGCCAAAAAUUCUACCACCGGAACCGGCGCCGGAGUUAAUGCUAAGGUGUUGAAUCUUAAUGUUCCGACGUGUAUUGGUUACCGGCAACGUAUGAGUUGCCGGAGUGAUGUGACUAAAGAGAAUAACGCCGGCCGAAACGCCGACGUAACGCCGACGAGUGCCGGUGCUGAAGGUGGAGCAAGCAGUUUGUUUAAUUUGAGGAGUCUGUUCACAAAGAAAGUGUUUUGA